CCUCAGAAGAAGAGUAGUGUUAUUUUAGCAAAGUAGUAGACAGGUACAAGUUUCACGCAAACACAGCCUUGAGCACAACGAUGCUUUCACGAACGGUCAGACCGUGGUUGCUUCGUUGCCGCAGUUUACCUUUAGCUUGCUCAAGACCUUACUAUGCCGAUCGAGUCGCUCGCCUCGGCUCUGACCCGGAUAAACAGUCCUCUGUGUAUCAGGAAAAUUAUGAACGGAUGCAAGAGCUUGUUGAUGAACUGAAACACCGUACAGAGAACAUUAAACUUGGUGGGGGAGAAAAAGCCAGAAGACUCCACACCUCACGUGGGAAACUGCUGCCCAGAGAACGUAUAGACAGACUGCUGGAUCCUGGGACCCCUUUCUUGGAAUUUUCUCAGUUUGCAGCGCAUGAGCUAUAUGGAAAAGAGCAAGUCCCAGCAGGAGGUAUAAUUACUGGGAUUGGACGGGUUUCAGGGGUUGAAUGUGUUAUUGUUGCAAAUGAUGCCACAGUCAAAGGGGGAACAUAUUACCCCGUCACGGUGAAGAAACACCUUCGUGCACAAGAAAUUGCCCAGCAGAACCACUUGCCAUGCAUUUACUUAGUGGAUUCUGGAGGAGCCAAUCUGCCGCGGCAGGCCGAUGUCUUUCCAGACAGAGAUCACUUUGGACGCAUCUUCUACAACCAGGCCAGGCUCUCUUCAGAAGGAAUAGCACAGAUAGCUGUUGUGAUGGGCUCCUGCACUGCUGGAGGAGCGUAUGUACCAGCAAUGGCAGAUGAAAGCAUCAUUGUGCGCAAGCAAGGAACUAUUUUCCUUGGAGGACCUCCACUGGUCAAAGCUGCCACUGGAGAAGAGGUUUCUGCAGAGGAGCUUGGUGGUGCUGAUCUUCACUGCAAAAAAUCCGGUGUGACAGACCACUAUGCUUUAGACGAUAAUCACGCUCUUCAUUUGGCCAGAAAGGCAGUGAGAACCCUCAACUACAGGAAAAACAUUGAGGUCACCACAGAACCCGUUGAAGCUCCUCUCUACCCUGCAGAUGAGCUCUAUGGAAUCGUUGGAGAUAAGUUGAAACGCAACUUUGAUGUGAAAGAGGUCAUUGCCAGAGUCGUAGACGGCAGCAAAUUUGACGAGUUCAAGGCUUUUUAUGGAGACACACUUGUUACAGGAUUUGGAAGAAUAUUUGGUUACCCCGUUGGAAUCAUUGGCAACAACGGCGUCUUGUUUUCAGAAAGUGCAAAAAAGGGAACACAUUUCAUUGAGUUAUGCUGCCAGAGAAACAUUCCUCUAAUUUUCCUACAAAACAUAACAGGUUUCAUGGUGGGUAGAGAGUAUGAAGCGGGAGGAAUUGCCAAGGACGGAGCCAAGAUGGUAACUGCAGUCGCCUGUGCCAAUGUGCCCAAGAUUACAGUUAUCAUCGGAGGAUCGUACGGUGCAGGAAACUAUGGCAUGUGUGGCAGGGCCUACAGCCCUCGGUUUUUGUACAUGUGGCCAAAUUCUCGAAUCUCUGUCAUGGGUGGUGAGCAGGCAGCCACCGUCCUAGCCACCAUCACGAAGGAUCAGAGGGCUCGCGAAGGAAAGGAGUUCACUGCAGAGCAAGAGGCUGCCAUGAAGGAACCGAUCGUGCAGCGGUUCGAGGAGGAAGGCAGUCCGUACUACUCGAGUGCCAGACUGUGGGAUGACGGGAUUAUCGAUCCCGCCGAUACUCGCCUGGUUUUGGGACUGAGUCUCAGUGCGGCUUUGAAUGCACCAAUGAAGAAGACACGUUUUGGAGUGUUCCGCAUGUAACAUUUACGUAGCACCCGAGGAGGUGGCCACCUCCAACCGACCAGAGUCGCACUGUAUUUACACUAUUCUGUAUAGUUUUUAUUCCUGAUGACGAAAUGGAGAAGAAAUGGCACCAGAGGGGAAUCGCACCAUCUUGAAUAACCUGGGUGGACGAGCUGGAUGGUGAGAUGUUGUCAGACAUUUCCCGUGUUAAGUCGUGCCUUUAACUGUUACUACACCAGUGUAAAUGCAACUCUAGUUAUUAAGCAGUUUUCUUUGUUGGAUUGGAUUGUACAUGUGUAUUUUAAUACUGUCAGUGGGUAAUUAAAAAUGUGAACAUGGAAA